AUGUUGAAUGAAGGACCUUCUGGUUUCUUCAAGGCUUCUAGAAGAUUAAGACAAGGUGAUCCUUUAUUUCCACUGCUUUUCAUUGUGGUUGUGGAGGCUCUCAAUAAACUUCUUGCUAGAGCUAUGGAGGCUGAUUUUUUCAGGGUUAUUGGUACACCUAGAAGCUACCAAGACAAGGCGGUUUGGAAAUUGAAGAAAGAUGGUAUAUUUACUGUCAAAUCCUCUUAUGAUUAUUUGACCAAUAGAGAUGGGGAAGAGGCGAGUUGGAUCUUUGCAAGAAAAUGGCCAAACGUAUUGCAAAUACCCCAACUUGGCAUAUUAUGUGGUUUUCUGUCUCUCUCUGCAUGGUUGGUUGUCAUAUCCCCUAUUAUGGUGCUUAUUGCAUGGGGAUGGUGGUUGAUUGUAAUACUCAGUCGAGAUAUAAUUGGGCUUGCUGUAAUAAUGGCGGGCACUGCUCUUUUACUGGCAUUCUAUUCAAUCAUGCUCUGGUGGAGGACCCAAUGGCAAAGCUCAAGAGCUGUCGCUUUUCUUCUUCUCCUGGCUGUUGCGUUACUUUGUGCAUAUGAACUUUGUGCUGUGUAUGUUACUGCUGGUCUCCAUGCAUCAGAGCAAUAUUCUCCUUCUGGUUUCUUUUUUGGUGUAUCAGCAAUUGCCUUAGCAAUCAACAUGCUUUUUAUCUGCCGGAUGGUUUUCAAUGGGAAUGGCUUAGACGUGGAUGAAUAUGUCCGGAGGGCAUAUAAGUUUGCUUACUCUGAUUGCAUAGAAGUGGGUCCUCUGGCUUGUUUACCUGAGCCACCUGAUCCCUCAGAAUUAUACCCUCGACAGUCUAGUAGGUUUUCACAUCUCGGACGUCUUUACCUUGGUUCGAUUGUGGUUCUUCUUGCCUACUCAAUCUUAUAUGGUCUGACAGCAAAAGAGGCACGUUGGCUGGGAGCCAUUACAUCAGCUGCUGUUAUCAUUCUUGAUUGGAACAUGGGGGCAUGCUUAUAUGGUUUCCAGCUUCUUAAAAGUCGCGUAGUAGCACUUUUUGUGGCUGGCACAUCUCGCGUUUUCCUAAUUUGCUUUGGAGUGCACUAUUGGUACCUCGGGCACUGUGUUAGCUAUAUGGUUGUGGCAUCUGUUCUAUUGGGUGCAGCUGCUUCUCGCCAUUUGUCAGUCACAAAUCCAUUAGCAGCAAGGAGAGAUGCCUUACAGAGCACAGUUAUUCGCUUGCGAGAGGGUUUCCGUAGAAAGGAGCACAAUAGUUCCUCCAGCUCUUCUGAAGGUUGUGGCUCAAGUAUGAAACGUAGUAGCAGUGUUGAGGCAGGUCAAAUCAGUAAUAUAAUGGAAGCUAGUAGCCGGAGUGCUGCACAAGGCACUGCUGACGCUAUUAACUGGAAUGGUCUUUGUCGAACUACAAGUUCGCAGGAGGGGAUCAAUAGUGAUAAGAGUAUAGAUAGUGGAAGGCCAAGUUUAGCCCUACGUAGUAGUUCUUGUCGUUCUGUUGUACAAGAACAUGAAGUUGGGACAUCAUUUGCAGAUAAAAUUUGCUCUAGUAGUGGUCUUGAUAGCCAGGGCUGUGAGUCUAGCACUUCAAAUUCUGCAAGUCAACAGAUGGAUUUGAGUUUAGCUCUAGCUUUCCAGGAAAGGUUGAACGAUCCAAGAAUUACAUCUAUGCUGAAAAAGAGGGCCAAACAGGGUGACCUGGAGCUGACGAAUUUGUUGCAAGAUAAAGGAUUGGAUCCUAAUUUUGCUAUGAUGUUGAAGGAAAAGAACUUGGAUCCCACUAUUUUGGCGCUACUUCAGAGGAGUAGUUUGGAUGCAGAUAGAGAUCAUCGGGACAAUACUGAUAUGACAAUCAUCGAUUCGAACAGUGUUGAUAACGCUUUGCCCAAUCAAAUUUCUUUAUCAGAGGAACUGAGGCUUCGUGGGCUUGAGCGAUGGCUUCAGUUGUCCAGACUUGUUCUACAUCAUAUAGCAGGCACCCCGGAGCGAGCGUGGGUUCUUUUUAGUUCUAUCUUCAUUCUUGAAACGAUCAUUGUGGCAAUUUUUCGGCCAAAGAUAAUUAAAAUUAUAAAUUCAACACACCAGCAGUUUGAAUUUGGCUUCACUGUGCUACUGUUGUCCCCUGUUGUCUGUUCAAUAAUGGCUUUCCUUAGGUCACUUCAGGCAGAGGAGAUGGCCAUGACAUCAAAAACUCGGAAGUAUGGCUUUGUUGCUUGGCUGCUCAGCACUUGUGUUGGAUUGUUGCUAUCCUUCUUGAGCAAAUCAUCAGUGCUUCUUGGACUAUCCUUAACUGUUCCUCUCAUUAUUGCUUGCCUUUCUGUUGCCACACCGAUAUGGAUCCGUAAUGGCUAUCAGUUUUGGGUUCCACAAGCAUCAUGUGCAACUCACGCAGGAGACAGUCGACCUUCUGGGACAAAAGAGAGAGUCGUUCUUUUCAUCUGCAUAACAUUAUUUGCUGGAUCUGUAUUGGCUCUGGGAGCAAUUGUAUCUGCAAAGCCUUUGGAAGACUUGCGAUAUAAGGGAUGGACUGGCAACCAGAACAGCUUCACCUCUCCUUAUACAUCAUCUGUCUACCUUGGUUGGGCGAUGGCAUGUGCAAUUGUUUUAGUAGUUACUGGCGUGAUGCCAAUUGUUUCAUGGUUUGCGACAUAUCGGUUCUCCCUAUCUUCUGCUGUAUGUGUUGGAAUAUUCUCAGUUGUUCUUGUCACAUUCUGUGGUGCAUCAUACUUGGAAAUUGUCAAAUCUAGUGCUGACCAGGUCCCUACAAAGGUUGAUUUCCUUGCUGCUUUGCUUCCGUUAGCAUGUAUUCCAGCACUUCUAUCACUUUGCUGUGGAUUACUCAAAUGGAAAGACGACGAUUGGAAACUCUCUCGAGGUGUAUAUGUAUUUGUUUUCAUUGGUCUUCUUCUUUUGCUUGGUGCAAUAACAGCUGUUAUAGUUGUAGUUAAGCCUUGGACGGUAGGGGUAGCUUUCCUUGUUCUUCUCCUGAUUGUGCUGGCAAUUGCUGUUAUCCACCAUUGGGCAUCAAAUAAUUUCUAUUUAACUAGGACACAGAUGUUCUUUGUUUGCUUUAUUGCUUUUCUUUUGGGUCUGGCAGCAUUUCUUGUUGGAUUAUUUCGAGAUAAACCGUUUGUUGGAGCAUCUGUUGGUUAUUUUUCUUUCCUGUUUCUUUUGGCUGGAAGAGCAUUGACAGUUCUUCUUUCCCCUCCCAUCGUAGUUUAUUCUCCGCGAGUCCUCCCUGUAUAUGUAUAUGAUGCUCAUGCAGACUGUGGGAAGAACGUCAGUGCUGCAUUUCUUGUGCUUUAUGGCAUUGCUUUGGCAAUUGAAGGCUGGGGGGUUGUUGCUAGUUUAAUAAUUUAUCCACCAUUUGCUGGUGCUGCUGUAUCUGCAAUCACUCUUGUUGUAGCCUUUGGCUUUGCUGUCUCUCGACCUUGUCUGACUCUUAAGAUGAUGGAAGAUGCUGUUCAUUUUCUCAGCAAGGAUACUGUUGUUCAAGCAAUUGCUCGUUCUGCAACAAAGACCAGAAAUGCUUUAUCUGGAACUUAUUCAGCUCCACAGAGGUCUGCUAGUUCAGCAGCUCUUUUGGUUGGAGAUCCCACUGCUAUGCGUGAUAAGGCAGGAAAUUUUGUGCUUCCCAGAGAUGAUGUUUUGAAACUAAGAGAUCGUCUAAAAAAUGAAGAGUUGGUUGCUGGAUCAUUGUUCUGCAGAAUGAGAUAUGGAAAGAGGUUUCGCCAUGAAUCUUCCUGUGAUGUAGACUACAGGAGAGAAAUGUGUGCUCAUGCACGAAUUUUGGCUUUGGAAGAGGCAAUUGAUACUGAGUGGGUCUACAUGUGGGAUAAAUUUGGGGGUUAUUUACUUCUCUUGCUUGGUCUGACAGCUAAGGCUGAACGAGUACAGGAUGAGGUGCGCCUCAGACUGUUCCUUGAUAGCAUAGGAUUCUCAGAUCUAAGUGCCAAGAAAAUUAAGAAAUGGAUGCCAGAGGACCGGAGGCAGUUUGAAAUUAUCCAGGAGAGUUAUCUAAGAGAAAAGGAGAUGGAAGAGGAAAUCUUGAUGCAGAGGCGGGAAGAGGAAGGAAGAGGUAAAGAAAGGAGGAAGGCUCUACUAGAGAAGGAAGAACGCAAAUGGAAGGAGAUUGAAGCUUCUCUUAUUUCAUCUAUUCCUAAUGCUGGCAGCAGGGAAGCAGCAGCUAUGGCAGCUGCUGUGCGAGCAGUAGGAGGUGACUCUGUACUUGAGGAUUCUUUUGCACGAGAAAGGGUUUCAAGCAUCGCUCGUAGGAUUCGCAAUGCUCAGUUAGAUCGCCGCGCUCAACAGACUGGAAUUACGGGUGCCAUUUGUGUUCUUGAUGAUGAACCAACAACAACUGGUAGACAUUGUGGCCAGAUUGACCAAAGUGUAUGCCAAAGUAAAAAAGUUAGCUUUUCAAUUGCGGUGAUGGUCCAACCGGAGUCUGGACCAGUUUGUCUAAUAGGCCCAGAAUUUCAAAAGAAAGUAUGCUGGGAAAUUCUAGUUGCUGGCUCUGAGCAAGGUAUUGAGGCUGGGCAAGUUGGACUUAGGUUGAUUACAAAGGGCGAUAGACAGACAACUGUAGCAAAAGAGUGGAGUAUAAGUGCAACAAGUAUUGCCGAUGGAAGGUGGCAUGUUGUGACAAUGACAAUUGAUGCCGAUCUAGGGGAGGCAACCUGCUACUUGGAUGGUGGUUUUGAUGGUUACCAAACAGGGUUACCCUUGUGUGUUGGCAAUAGCAUUUGGGAACAAGGGACUGAAGUUUGGCUUGGUGUUAGGCCACCUAUAGAUGUGGAUGCUUUUGGGAGGUCGGAUAGUGAAGGAGCUGAAUCUAAAAUGCACAUAAUGGAUGUCUUUCUGUGGGGAAGGUGCUUAAGUGAAGACGAGAUUGCUUCUCUUCAUGCUGCAAUUGGCUCAGCUGAGUUCGAUUUGAUUGAUUUCCCUGAAGAUAAUUGGCAAUGGGCAGAUUCACCUCCCAGAGUUGAUGAGUGGGAUAGCGACCCUGCUGAUGUUGAUCUUUAUGAUAGAGAUGAUGUUGAUUGGGAUGGGCAGUAUUCAAGUGGAAGGAAGAGAAGGUCUGAUCGUGAUGUAGUGGUCAGCAUGGAUUCUUUUGCUAGGAAGUUUAGGAAACCUAGGAUGGAAACACAAGAGGAGAUAAAUCAACAAAUGCUCUCUAUUGAGUUGGCUGUGAAAGAAGCCCUCUCUUCCCGAGGUGAAAAACAUUUUACUGAUCAUGAGUUCCCUCCAAAUGAUCAAUCUUUAUUUAUAGAUCCAGGAAAUCCCCCUUCAAAAUUGCAGGUUGUUUCUCAGUGGAUGCGGCCUGCUGACAUUGUGAAAGAGGGUCGAAUUGAUUCUCAGCCAUGUUUAUUUUCAGGGGCUGCAAACCCGUCUGAUGUUUGUCAGGGGCGGUUAGGUGAUUGUUGGUUUUUAAGCGCCGUCGCUGUCUUAACUGAGGUUUCACAAAUAUCAGAUGUGAUUAUUACUCCAGACUAUAAUGAGGAAGGAAUCUACACUGUUCGCUUCUGCAUUCAGGGAGACUGGGUUCCAGUUGUUGUGGAUGACUGGAUCCCAUGUGAAUCACCUGGCAAACCAGCAUUUGCCACAAGCAAAAAGGUUAAUGAACUUUGGGUCUCCAUACUGGAGAAAGCAUAUGCCAAAUUGCAUGGUUCUUAUGAGGCAUUAGAGGGCGGCCUUGUUCAGGAUGCUCUUGUGGACCUAACCGGAGGGGCUGGUGAGGAGAUUGAUCUGAGGAGCGCACAGGCACAGAUUGAUCUUGCAAGUGGCAGGUUAUGGUCUCAAUUGUUACGCUUCAAACAAGAGGGGUUUCUACUUGGUGCUGGGAGUCCAUCAGGUUCUGAUGUGCACAUCUCUUCCAGUGGCAUUGUGCAAGGGCAUGCUUACUCGGUGCUACAGGUAAGAGAGGUAGAUGGGCACAAGCUUGUCCAAAUUCGAAAUCCAUGGGCUAAUGAAGUUGAGUGGAAUGGUCCUUGGUCUGAUUCAUCCCCUGAAUGGACUGAUAGAAUGAAACACAAGCUAAAGCAUGUUCCUCAGUCCAAAGAUGGUAUAUUUUGGAUGUCUUGGCAAGACUUUCAAAUUCACUUUAGAUCCAUAUAUGUUUGUCGUGUCUAUCCUCUGGAGAUGCGAUAUUCUGUUCAUGGCCAAUGGCGGGGUUACAGUGCUGGUGGCUGCCAAGAUUACAAUUCAUGGCAUCAAAAUCCACAGUUCCGUUUGAGGGCCACUGGUCCUGAUGCAUCAUCGCCAAUUCAUGUGUUCAUCACCUUAACUCAGGGUGUGAGCUUUUCGAGAACAACUGCUGGUUUUAGAAAUUAUCAAUCUAGUCAUGACUCCAUGAUGUUCUACAUUGGGAUGCGGAUACUUAAAACUCGUGGCCGUCGUGCUGCUUAUAACAUUUACCUUCAUGAAUCAGUUGGUGGGACUGAUUAUGUCAAUUCUCGGGAAAUAUCAUGUGAAAUGGUUCUGGAUCCUGAUCCAAAAGGUUAUACUAUAGUGCCUACAACCAUACACCCUGGGGAAGAAGCACCUUUUGUCUUGUCUGUUUUUACCAAAGCAUCGAUUACCUUGGAAACUUUGUAGACUGCAAUUAUGGCUCUCAAGUUGGAUUUUCAUUCCCCGGGCUUUGUUUGCACCUUGAAAACAUUGUGGUGCUUGGUUUUGUGGUUAAUCUACAAUCACAAGCAGGCUUCAUUGAACCGAGUCAGUGCAACAGGCAGGUCUUCUUGAACCACAAAUGAGUGCAAACAAUGAUCAAGUAAGCUUACUAACCAUUCGUGAUGUGGUUCUCGGCUUCCAGAAUGCCCUGGGUGAGCAAUUCAUUUGCCCACUUAAUCGUAUGCUACAUUCCUCAAUGAGCUGCAUUAUUUUUAUCCAGGCAAAAGAACUCGUGGCAGGGAAGUGAGUUUAGAGGCUCCCUUGGCCUCUAAUUUCAUUUUUUUUUUCUUGAUAACCUUACUAUGUGGAUCGUUUCCAUCUGGAUUGAAGAGGGUUCUCAACUUAAGUGUACAUUUUGUAGGUAUUGUAGUGAUUAUAGGUCUGAUCAUGUAAAUGUAGGAGAAAGGAAAAUUGGAGAGGAAUAGGAAAAAUAAUUUAACCAGUGCCUAGUUCAAGGGAAAA